AUUUAGAAACAUGAUGAUGCACUUUAAUUCAGAAGCGACUGAAGGAGAUCUGACUGACGACUUCGAAGGAGGAUUUCAUGAACAAGCUGACGGGAAAAAGCAGAAGAAAGAGGACUUGAAGCAGGAAUUUACUUGAGACUUAUCCCAAGAAUCUGAAGAGGAACUUGAGUUUGUGGGUGAGCAAGAGAGUGAAUUUGAUAACUUUUCGACUGAUUCAGAAGGGGAUUGAGAUCAGAAUAAGUGGAGAAAAAGAAGAACUAUAGAGGAGACUGAUCAUUUAAACUCCUCUUCUAAUGGAUCCUACAAGACUGUGUAUCGGAAGGUAUGUUGUUUCCAGAAUGACCCUGUUGAUGAAAUUAUUGGAUUGGAAUGGAAACCUUCCCAACUUUUGGAGUCAAGAGUCAAGCUGAAAGUUAUGACGAAGAAUGAGUUGAAAGGACUUCUAAAUAAACACCCUGAAAAUUCUGAAAAGGAUAUGAAAAAGCUAUCACUUUUACGCAAAAAGGCUAAAUUUCCAUCUCUCCUAAUUGACGAAAAUAUCUUGGAUAAGUACAAGCCAGAUGGUAGUUCAAUCUCAGCUAGGUACCAUCACGUUCCGCUAGACUUCAGCUCUCAAAGGAGUAGGGAGCUAAUUUUUAAAGAAAUUGAGCGGAUUAAGACAAACUUUGAAUUACGUGAAGAGGAGGUUAAAAAGUUGAUGAGUCUCCGCUACAGAAUGGGCUCCUACAAUUUGCUCAAUUAUAAUUCUCAGAUCUUCAAAAUGAUGGUCACUUGGACCAUCAUGCAGGCAUAUCUUGAGCAAUUGAAGAAAUGGGAGGAAGAAGUCACAUGGAGAGACCACUGGUCUUCAAAGGAUAUUGCAGAGCUUAUUAAGCUUCAAGAGAAAUAUGCAGGCAACUGGGCAAAAAUUGCUACUCAAUUAGGCAGACACUCACUUGCAUGUAAAGAGAAGUUCAAUAGCCUCUCUCUGAAAGUCAAGCGAGGAGAGUGGACUUACCAAGAGACAGGGACAUUACUGGAACUGAUAUCUAAAUUCGGGAAGAACUUCGCCUUAAUCAGCAAGAAGAUGCGGAACAGGAGCAGAAUCCAGAUCAGAGACAGAGUAGCCUACUUGGAAAAGACCAAGUUGCUGAAGUUUGAUUCUAGAAUGGAGGCCAAAUUGUGAUCCAAAGCGAUUAAAUAUGGUAAGGACUGGAAAGAGAUCUCUAAAUAAUGAGUUUCCUGACAUAAUGCCUUCGAUUUUGAUGAUGAAAUAUAAUGAGAUCAUCCACAGAGAUGAAGAGACUAAGAUUAAUAAUUUUGGGCAAGGUAUGCAGUUCGGAGGGUAUGAAAAGACAGAUGAGAAAGUGGAAACAGCUAUUAAUUCUAGCAAAGAUCAUUCGAUGGAUAACCAAAGUGACAAUGAAAAUAUCCAAGAAAUUGGAAACCAGAGUGUAGUGAAAAGAAGGAACUCAUGUAGUCAAUGGGAAGAAAUCAUAAAAAUUGAUGAAAAUAGUGACGAAUCUUAUUUGAUUAAUGAGAAUAGAGAGGACGAGUUGAUAGAUUUGUUUACGAAGAAAGAUUCAGCAGCGAAAAGAGUUGGCACUCUGAGAGCGCCAGCCAACUUCAGCUGGCAGGAUAUAACAUCUUAG